UGCCAGGAGUAAAACUUAUAGUAUAUUCUCUAGUAGAUCUAUUAUAAAAAUUAUGAAUCUAAUUAUUAGAUCCAGCAGUGUAUCACUAUUUUAGUAUUUAUAUUAUGUAAAUCUAGACUAGUCCAAUCUUUAUCUAGACUCUAGACAAUCUGAAUCUAGCAAAUCUAGUAAUACAGUAAUAGUUAAUAGCUAGUCUACUCUACUCUAGAGUACUCUACUCUAGCUCUAGACUGAGACUUGACUCUACUUACUCAGUUACUGACUGCUAGUCUAGUUUUAAGUUUAGUAGUUACUAGAUCUGGUCUAGGUCUAGGACUAGACCACUGGUACUGCCGGACUGGGAUUUAUUUACUAUCACUAGUCUAGAGUAUUAGUAAUGAGUAAUAGAAUAUGAUGAAAGAAGUUCUAGAUCCUCUCAAUACCAAAUGUUCCAUUUGUUGGCAAAUAUUGCGCCCUAAAAGUCCACUGCUGCAUGGCACAAAAUGUAGCAAAUACAAAAUUAAAGAGAAGCUGCAAUUUUUGCUUCCACCUCAAGACUUCAAAACUCUUGUAGACGAAAACAUUUUUUCCAGCCCUCGGCUAUGCAAUGUUUGUUUCAUAACAAUUAACAAAAUCUGCAAGACUAUAUCCAAGGCUAACAGCCUCAUUGGGAAAAAUAUCAACAUUAGGUUAUAUAAACCUUAUAGGUCAGAAUGGAAAUCUGACUUGACGGAUACUAAUAGUCAUAUGAAUGACCUUUUUAAUAAAAAAAGCCACUUAAAUAAAUUGCAACAGCCGUUGUCAAGAGAACAUGAUUCAUCUUGCUUGUUGGUGAAUGCAACAAUAUCUGAACAAAGAGAUGAUGAAUGUAGCUGUGGCAAAGUACGCAGCAAUUCUGUUGAGGAGUCUAAGGUUGGAAGUUCCAAUUCUUUCUUCCACAGUCCAACACUUGAAAGGAGUGAUACAGCUUUAGAUGAUAUUAUUACAGGUGAGCAGGAAAUAUCAACUGUAUCAGAAGAAGAUCCUCACCUUCCGCAUUCUUCUUCAGCACAGUUUGACAUUCAUAAUUCUGAGAAUAAAAGAUCGAAAGUCUUGUUGCCUUUACAGGAGAGGAGGAAAAGGAACAGUUCAAGAAAUCAAGCUUUGUCUGCCAACAUUAAAGUGCAGCCUUCACGGGAAAGUAAGCGUGCUUCAGCGCUCAAAAGUCGCAACAGAAAAUUGUCUUCUGAGAUCAAAGCAAACUCUGAUCUGGAACCGUUGUCAGAUAUUUCCAAUGUGGAAAGUGAAGAUGAGCAUAUUCCACUUUCAGAGAAGCAGGUCAAGAGGUCAAAGGUUGAAGGGGACAAAAAAUGUAACUCCUCUAAAAAGAGGCCAAACUUUAAGUCAAAUACUAAAUUUACACAACUAAAAAGAAAAGAAUCAAAAUUCAGAAAAUCGACUUCUAGACAAACAGCCAAUGAUGAAUUGAGAAACGAGGCUGAGGAUGGACUAAAAGUAGACAAGGCAAAUGGAUUAAGGAAAGUCCCUGACGAUGCACUGAGUGUUUGUUGGGAAGCAUCCUUCAAAACAGACAUUCCUAAAGGCUUAAGUAAAAUGUCCAAAUCAAAACUGUUAAAACUGGCCACCAAGGUGAGCAAGAUAACUGCGGACAAAAAGAACCUAUUGAAGACAGUGUUGAUUAAGUGUAGCAUGAAUAAUUGUGAUCAUAUCUACACUUGCUGGUCUGAUUUGGCUGUUCAUUUGAAAUAUUAUCAUUUCAAUGGAGAACCAACUGUAAAGGAUGAUUUUACUCUGGUUUUGUUCAGUCUGACAGAUAAUGGAGAAUUAAGCUUAGAAGAGUAUCCUUAUAGAUGUGGUCGCCGAGGCUGUUCUUUGGCUUUCUCCCAACAAGACUUUUUACAAGAGCACCAGUUAGUCCAUGGCUCAGAUCUGAAGUACAUUUGUGGUUAUCCUGAUUGUGUGGAAGCCUUUAAGGAGCCCAGAGACUUGUCUGAACACCUGAAGUCUCAUGCACCUAUGCAACAUUCAACUAGUGAUGUGUUAAAAUCUGGCAAGAAUAGUACAGAGACAAAGGAUAAGACACCACAUAAGAACACCAAAGAGAUGAAUCCAACUGAACAAAAAUCUCAACACACAGGAAGGAAGCACCAGAUUUUGGAGCCAAUCAAUACAGAGACAUUCCCUUGCGAUCUAUGUGGUAAACUGUUCUUGAAUGAGGUAGGACUCACAGGACAUAAAAGGAAAGUUCACAGCAUUGGUAAACCAGGACUACAUAAAUGCCCAUACAAUGGCUGCCAGGAGUCAUUUGUCAAGAAAGAAAAGCUGGAGAUACACAUGUGCAGUCAUUCAGCUGAGAGGCAACUGUUUUGUGAAAAAUGUGGCAAGAAAUUCAGUUGCCAGCGCUACCUGGAUGUCCAUUACAAAAUCCAUCUGAAAAAUGAGAAGCAUGCUAGUCAGCCCCCAGCUCGAGAUAUACCUUGUGAGUUUACUGGCUGUACUAAGAUGUUCACGUCGAGGGAAAACAUGAAGAGUCAUGUGCUAAACCAACACAGGGGCAGAAAACCAAAAUCUAUUCCUGGUGUCUUCUUCUCCUGUUCAGUUGAAGGCUGCGGUAAAAAGUUCUCGUUCAGGUCAACGCUGUAUCGACACAACAAACUUGUUCACCGCGGUGGGGAUUACAAACAGGGCAGCGAGUACGUGAAGUACCCUUGCACAUACGAGGGCUGUAGUGUGGAGUUCAAUCGCAAAAACUUGCUGGAGGAGCACAUGGUCAUGGAACAUGGGAAGCUGCCCAAACGUCUACUUCCACUCCAAAACAAAGAGCUGGACUUCAUAGAAGGGAUAUGUAGCCACUGUGGUAUGGUGCUCACUGUGACCCUGUUACCUCGGCAUGAAGAAAUUUAUCACAGUCUAGAGGCUCUAAAAGAAUCAAAAGAGAGUUCACCUUACCCAUGUCAUUUGAAAGGUUGUGAAGAAUUGUUUAAUGUCCUAGAAGACAGAAAAGCCCAUGUACAGCUUCAUAUAAAUAAUCCUCCUUACAAGUGUCAAGUAGGAGACUGCAGGGAAACAUUCUAUUUAGAGAAAAAUUUAGACAAUCAUUUAUGGAACCACAGCAAAAAACAAUCAAAGUGUGAUUUUGUUGAUUGCGGUCAAGUCUUUGAUGACCAGUUACAGCUGGCUAAGCAUUCUAAAGUCCAUUAUGACAACAAAAUGAAGUGUCCUUGGCCUAAUUGUGAUAUCUGGCUGACUGAGACAGGGCAUCUCAAGCCUCACUUUAUAGCCCACAGUCGGUCACUCAUGGCUAACUUUGAUUUAGACUUUGUGUGUGAGAUCUGUGAGCUGGCAUUCAGUAGCAAGUGGGGCCUGAUGAUCCACAAGAGAAUGCAUGGGGAGGAUGCUGCUGCCAAACCAUGUUUGUCUAGAUUAACAAAGUUCCGAUGUGAGGAGUCUGGUUGUGAAGGGACAUUUGCUGACCAAAAAGGUUUCUUUGACCAUUUCCUGUAUCACUAUACCAACAUUCCAGCUAGAUGUGACUUCAAUGGUUGCAGCGAGACUUUUAGAAAUAUGAUAACGAUGUCCAGACACACCAAACAGCACUAUGAUGGAAAGUUUAAAUGUCCUUGGCAGUCCUGCGAGAAAUUAUUUGCUUCCGUGUUCAUAGUAAAGAAACAUUUGUAUCGUCACAUCAGUAGCAACCCAGAUGUAUCUGGGGACAAACAUUUCUCUUGCAAUCAGUGCUUCAUGACAUUUAAAUUUCAGGAAAACCUUGAAAGUCACUUCGAACAUCAUAAAGAGAAAUCUGACUAUGUUUGUCCUACUUGUGGUAAGAAAGGCAGACACAAUCACAUCAAGGCACAAAAACAGGGUAAACCACGCAAAUCUCAGGUGUGCUCAGAGUGUAAAGCUUGCUAUGCAACUGUCAGUGGAUUAAAACUACAUCUCCUACAAAAACACAAGAUAGGUAAAUGGCCAUUUCAAUGUAACUACUGUGGAAAAGGUUUUGUCAGUAGCCGAGAGAUGCAGAGGCAUAUUCCAUCCCACACUAAAGAGAAACCUUUUGUGUGCAAUAUAUGUGGUACAAGCUUUGCUUCUCACACAGGUCAUCGGGCUCAUGUCAGGAAACAUGCAGGCCAGAAGUAUGAAUGUGACGUUGAAGGUUGUGGUAAAGUGUACACUACAGCUAUAUCACUGCGGGGUCACAAAGCGCAACACGAUGGCUUCAGUAAAACUUGUCCUUACUGUGGCAAGACUUAUAAGAACCCAUAUGGGCACAAGUGUAAGGCUAGCAGAGACAACAAAAAGAAAAUUCUUCGACCAGCAGGGUCCAGUCAAACAACUAGAUCGAACCUGUCCCAGCCAGUUACUUUGUUACCUCAGACAGUGCAACAGAGCCUACCUCCUACACCCCAUCCACCCCCACAGCAGUCUGUGCUGCAGGUCCAGGCUCCUGCCACCACACAAGUGCAGCACACACUUAUCAUGCCUCAACAUUUGGUUACCCAUAACAUGGACAUGCACCAGACUGCCCGGCCAAUCAUGGCCCCUGACACCCUGAGUCACAGCCAUAUAAUGCAACACAGCCUGAACCCAGUGAUGCCACAGUGCAUGUCCCAGGGCCACCACCAUCUCCUACCUCAUCAGAACCUCAUGCAGGAAAGGAGUGGAGUUAUCCCCAUGGACAUCACCAGAGGCAAUGCAAUGGACAUGACUGGGGGGGACUACACAUUUAACAAUUAUGUUGUGUUCUGGGAUAGCCAGAAUCUCCAAUGAUUGCUGGGAUAGACAAAGUUAGCAGUGGAGGCUGGGAAAGCCUAAAAAAUGAAAUCUACAAUGAAUCUCAAAAAGGAAUAUACUGAUCUGUGUCAUCUUUUGUUUUAUUUAUUUGUGUCGAUAUCUCAUACAUUUAUUCUGAUCAUUUAUGUAUUUAUUAAAAGUCGUUUAUAAGUUCUCUUUACUGAAAAGAAAUCAA